AUGUGCCAACAAUACCUCACCGUAUACGAAUGGUGCCGGUGUGAAGAAAACGCCGGCAACCUCAUCUGCGCCCCCCACAAAGAACACGAAUGCCCCGGCGUAUCCAUUGAAGCCGUUCGCAUGCACUGCUUCUGCCAUUGGCAUGCCUCAAAGGGCUGGAAGACGGAGCAUAAAUUGCUGAAAAAGCAUAACCAGAAGUUGAAGAAGACUCAAAAGCGGCGUUCAACUCUGAGUGAAAAGUCUCUUACUCCGAAGAGGUGGUUUUCAUGGACCAGUUUGCGAUCGCGAAAUUCGAUCUAG